UGCAGCUAUAUGUGUUGUGGACCCAAGGCCCAUGAAGGAAACAAAGACAAAAGUCACUUGGGUUUGUGAAAAAGCCCACAGAAAAUGAAAUACAAGCUGAAUCAAAGCCCACAAAAUCAAACCAAACGGAUUGAUCGCGUCGGACCGGAUUUUAGUGCCGGCUGAGUCCAUUCCGACCGGGCGAUAUAAAUUGAGAGGAGCCGAAGAAGUUCCGUUCCGAGCUGGAGCUUUUACUGCUCAGUCCUCGCCUGUUCUUCUCUUCACGGCUGCGUCUUAUCUUUAGCCGGAGCAAUGUCCAGAGGGCCGGGCCGUCUGAUUGAUAACGUGAAGAAGUUUGCCGACACGCAGUACAAAGAUUUCACAGCUCGGUAUGGCGACCAAUUGGUGGACGUUUUCGAGUUCCCCAUUAAGCUUGUGCUGUCCCCUUUCACCCUCGCCUUUGACAUCGUUGGCUCCGCUCCCCGAGGGUUCGGCGUCCCUGAACUCAUCUCCAAGCUCUCGUAUGCUUCCGUCUUCGCUGUGGCUACACUUGGGACGUAUGAUAUUGCUUUGGAGUUGGGAAAGAAGGUUAUCUGUCAGAGGAACUGUCGAACUUGCAAUGGUUGGCAGGCAUUGCGGUGUACCAUGUGUAGAGGAUCAGGAUGUGUGCAGUACCAAGUGAGAAAUUACUCCUUGAGAAGAGGGGAGAAGCCCACUGCUGAAUGUGUUGCAGAUGCAAUUUCUGAAAAUCGAGCUGAAGUAAUGCAUUUUCCAGCUGCCAUGAAUUCUGAUGUGCCUUUGCCAUCUAAAGACUGCCCAGACUGUGAUGGGACGGGUGUAAUGGGGUGUCCUGAAUGCAAAGAUAAAUUACAAGUCAGGAUCUCUGCUGAUGAUAUUAUGGAGCCACCAUGGAAAGCAUAUAAUGUUCUGGGCAAGAUGGACUAUCCUUAUGAGCAUAUCCGUGACAGCAUGAAAGAUCCUAGUAUUGCUGCUUUUUGGUUGUUUACCUUCCCCCAGGUCGUGGGUGGGUUGAAUUAUGAUGAUGACAUCAAAAGGAAAAUUUGGUGGCAGUACGAGGAAUCAUUUAAAUAUGAUAAAUUACGGGAUAUCGUGGCUAAGCGAGCUCCUGGCUGGGAAUUAUUACAGGAAGCCUUGAUCACGAUAGACCCUAUUCGUGCCAGGGAAGAUCCAGUUAUUGUGAAAAAUCUUCCACACUACAGGGCCAAGAAGGCAUUGGAGGCAGAGGUCAUGAGACUUGAUCCACCACCACGGCCAGAAAAGUGGGGAGAGCUGGACCUUCCUCUGAAUUCUUCAUCCUGGAGUGUGGAAGAUCUAAAAAAGCCAGAAAAGUUCUAUGAGAUGACCGUUCUUCUUAAUGCACAAAGAGAAAUGUCUGAUAAAAUGUUGGAUGCACAAUGGGAAGCUAAAUGGCGUCAGGAAAAGUUGAACCAAAUGUUGGAGGAGAAGGUGCAGCCAUACCUCAAGGAUGCCGACAACGGCAUUCUCUCGCAACCAAUCAUCUUACAACCACAAAAUCAGCAGAAAGAGAGGAAGAGGCGAAAGAAAUGGUGGAUUUUCUGAGUUAACGUGUUGUUCGUACGUAAAUGGUGUUCUUAUGGAGCCAAUGACACAAGAAACCAAUGCAGCAUAUGCUUCUUCCUGAUCCAGUGUCUGCAUCUAGCUCCUGCAGGUAGAGAUAACUUCCUUGCAGCAUGCGAAAUCAAUGGCCAAUCGUUGUAAUGGUCGACCAGUUACGCUGAUGUAAAGAAAGACAUUGUGAGGAGAAAGUGGUAUAUCUGUGUAACACUCAAUGCAUCGAGCAAGUGUGUUACUACAACACAAUUUUGUUUGAUCUGUAUCGCUGUCACAAGUACGUGGUUGUUCUAGUCUACAUGAAUAUUUGACGAAUUCAUAAAAAGUUAGCCGAUAAGUGUAUAACAUGAACACCCCACCAAGGUGCUUACUCUGGAUGGUGACUGCGACUAGAACGUAGCCGCAACUCUGCAAGCCAUCAUAAACCUCCAACUGCACCUUUACCACAGCAAAUAUCAAUACACCCCACGAAUUUGC